GCAUACGCACUUCUGCACAUUCUGUCGGAAGAUUUAGAGUACAAAGUGACUCUCGCUGACGAGGCGUACAAACUCUACAAAAACAUAGAGCUGACUCCACAAGACGAAUGUAUGUUAGUGGCAUGUUCGCACUUCUUAACACUCAAGCUGAACGAAACCUGGUACGAAGCGGAGAUACAAAUUCGUGGUCUGGUGUCAGAAGAUGAAAAGAUUCUAAAUGAAUUUCUUCACUUUGGCAGGGGCUGGGCAAUUGAAGUACACCGCCAACAGCUAGCCGUCUUGGAAAGAGUAAAUCGGAAGGAGCGCGAUCAAGAAGCUAGGCUGUACGAAUUCCUAAGCCGAGUCAGAUUGAACAUUGCAUUAGACGCUCUGCGCCAAGUGAGAUGCAUAGCUCGUGCUACAGACCGUGAGCAAAUCGCUCACACUCUCAUAUUUGAAGCAAUCCACGCGUAUCACCGUCGAUCGACGAUGAGCAAGAAAUUAGACAGUCAAGUCAUUCGCACUUAUAGUCCACCAUUGGACGAACAG